UUUGGUGUCACUACAGACGCUUAUGGGACAUGCAGGCUACCAAUUUGCAUUGAAGAAAUAGCUUGUCAAUGAAUUCACUGUGCGAAAAAUCACGUGCCAAGAGGUUAUCUUGGAUGUCAUUGGUUACUGUAUGGGUGCUGCCGUUGUCGUAUUUUGGUAGAGUGAUUGACUUGAAUCGACCAAAUACAUUUAGGCUACUAUAGCCUACGUAAUCGAAAGUGUUAGGAGUUUGACCCCCUCUCACUUUGUACCCUCUGAAAAGCUUGGUUUCAAUGAAUGUUGUGGGUUAGCCAACAUUUAACAGAUUGGAAGCAUACAUACGAUUUUCGCGCAGUAUGGCCAUGUUGGAGACCAUUUGGCUGUUAUGAAGCUGUAAAAGGUUUCCGUAUUGCUUUAUUUCUUUUCCAUCUUCUGUGCUUCAAUGACCAAGCUAGUUGACGAUGGUGCGCAAUUCUCCGCGCUUGUUGUCGGGGGCGUUGGAAUACCAAGACAACAUGAACCGGGGGACAACGACGUUCGGUUAGGGAUCAGCCCGUAUGGAGAGACCUCUCACUUCGCAGCCUUCAAUUUCAUUGCCCCCGCACAGAAGUCCCAGUUAAUUCCCCAAGUCUCCGGAUACGCAGCUGCGCUAGGAAGCCACUGCGGAGGGCACAUCGGUUCACAUGGAUACAGAGCUAUCGAUUCCAGGAAUAUUACGUUUACCUAUCGCACUCCAGACAUUGCCGAUUCCGCAGCAAGAGAUACUCGACACGGAUUUUUAAGCCGCACCGCAACAGGAAGUGUGCGAAUUCCCCCAAGGAUCUCUGAAAACCGAGCGCACACUCUCUUUUCAUCUAUAGGUGAACAGAGCGCAUUCCCAAAUGGAUACAUGGCGAAUAGCAGGGCGCAUUUGGGUACACGGGGAGACAUAUUCGUGGGAGCAGAUCCGCAUCAACCUGUCUCGAGCCCGCACCCGCAUUUCAGUGAUACCCAGCUCCACUUUGAUCACAAUGUGGACAUGGGCAUGAGAGUGACAACACAGACUGGUCACGGUGCUUUCUUUCGAUACAUGCGACAGCACUCUAAGCAGGAUGUCACUUGUAAAUGGAUAGAUGCGAAUCAGACGAAUCAACUCCAAAAAACCUGCGGCAAGAUGUUUUGCUGUAUGUCCGAGCUGGUUACGCACGUCUCCAUGGAUCACGUCCGCGGUCCAGACCAGAGUCUGCAUACUUGCUUUUGGGAGGAUUGUCCGAGAGAAGGCAAAUCUUUUAAAGCGAAGUAUAAAUUAGUCAACCACAUUCGUGUACACACUGGAGAAAAGCCAUUCAAUUGCCCCUUUCAUGGCUGUGGGAAAAUGUUUGCCAGGUCGGAAAAUUUGAAAAUACAUAAAAGGAUUCAUACGGGUGAGAAGCCCUUCAAAUGCGAAUUCGAAGGCUGCGACAGGCGGUUCGCAAAUAGCAGCGACAGAAAAAAACACAUGCACGUUCAUACCUCAGACAAGCCAUACAUCUGCAAGCUGUGCGACAAGGCCUACACUCAUCCCAGCUCUCUGAGGAAACACUCGAAGGUUCACAAAUCUCAAACCUCCGAGAACUCCCCAACGGGAACGUCUGGAUAUGAGUCGUCCACGCCACCAGCUCCGUGUAGACCUACAUCCUCAACCAUCAAAGACUCGACAGAAACAUCCAUGCUGCUGGUCAAGCGUCAUAAGUCAAUAUUUAAAGAGGAUCUCUCAACCGAUUUGGUUGAAUGGUACGUUUGAAAGGGUUAACUGUCCAAGUGUAAACACUAAAACGUCAAUAGAAUUAGGAACACAGGCCUAUCGGACUACGUUUGCCAAGUUUUCAACAAAGUUAUAGAAAACACAGGGUAUAGGCCUAUGCAUUGCCUUGGUGUUACGCUUUAAAGGCGCCAUCAUGAAAUGUUGUAAUUUUGGAGUAAUUUCUAUUUUCAAGGAAAAGGCCAAGGAAAAGUCUUAUCCUUGGCCUACACAUUGACUGUAUAACAGAGGAAAAUGUGAGCCACGCAAAGCCUUUAAAUUAAUAGACAGGCCUCUCUGUAUAAGCCUAUAGGCUACUGAUAAAUAAACAAAUAAAUGAAUACAUGAAAGAAAAAUAUACAAAAUUAAUAAGCAAAAGUCAAAUAGGCCUAUAGAAACCAAAUGUAUAAAAAGAAAGAAGGAAAGCAGAUGACCGAGGAAAUAUAUUAAUAAAUAGAGUUGAAGAACAGUAUAGGCCUAUUUGCAUUGUUGAUAGGCUAGCGCUAGCCUAUUUGAGCUAUUUUGUCAGAAUCCGUUUUCAGACAGAAAACGAUAGGUCUACUGUGGUCGACAUUCCAUGUCGCCUUUAGAAAAGAACAGCAUAAAAAUGAAUGGCUUUAUUUCUCUAUCUUAAAAUAUACCGUUUAUAAUAUCAUUUAUUUCAUUGUAUUUUUGUUGGAACGUAUUAUAAUGUUGGUGUAUACAUUUAUGGAUAUAAAUAAAUCAAAUACAAAUUAUAUUUCUAAGAGGCAUGCAACUUGGGUCAACUUUAGUAAGAAAUAUGUUUAUGGGCAUUUUAUACGAUGUUGAGUCUAAUAACUUAGGUAAGAUAAGAUCCAUUUGUAUAGAUGUUUAGGCGUUUAUUUUUUUAGAUUCUGGAGUCGUAACCUACCUUUUGCUAAAUGACUCCCACAUCCAGUGUUUGAGGACUAUGCUAAAGUUAACAACCCAUUACUGCCCACAAGACACAAAAUAAUCUGAAAGUAUUCAGUUGAACGUCAAGGGAAAGGUUUUAAACAAGCAAUUUAAAUACAUCUGGUACAGGACUAGUAUGUUGUUCAGUUCGUCAAAACUAGCAUCAGAUUUAGACUCAAGUAGGCAUCUGUUGUUUUCCCCGCUGGAAUUCAAAAAUUAAAUGAAAGCUAAAUGUAAACUACCAUAGAACAAGGAAAAAGUUUCAUAAAUAUCAGGAAGAAUAUAAUAAUAAAUUACAUAAAUCUGACCUUUAAAAACAAACAAAAAAUGGUGGCCUUUAUUUUAUGGCUCGUUGAUUUGUUGGAAAGGAUUCCAUCGGUGCAGUGUAUCCCAAAAUGGCCAAUAAAUUGGUACUACUUUAA